AUGGAAGACCAGAAGGUUGGUGGGAGGCACAACAAGACCAGCAAACUGAUCCUGAAGGAGUUCCAGGACACCAACUACAAGUCCUUCUCGGACGGACAGAUCACCAUCACGUUCCCUCACAACGAUGACCUCACCCACGUCAAGGUGGUCCUCACACCCACCGGCGGUCUCUACGCGGGCGCCACCGUCGCGUUCACCCUUCGGCUCCCGGCCGCCUACCCCAACGAAAUCGCCACCGUACAAUGUGUCAGCAAGAUCUUGCACCCCAACAUCUCCAAGACCGGAGCGGUCUGCUUCAACGUAUUUGGUGCUGAGUGGGACUCAUGCAUGCGGCUGGUCGACUACGCGCACUCGCUCCUGUGGCUCCUCUACCAGCCCAACCUCGACUCUCGCCUUAACUCUGAGUGCCCGCACAACGGCCACGAAUUCGAGCGGCUGCCGCAACGCCACGUCGCCUGA